CAAUGCUCUGCAAGAAUGGAUUAUUUUUCACAUAAAAACUUGGCUACCUGUUGGGUCAGGAUUCUUUAUGCUUGGUGUAAAUUUUUCUAAUGGUAUUUAAUCAUUUCAAUUUCGAGGGUCACUAUUAUUUAGGCUCAGAUCCGAUUUCUUUUUUUCUCAUUGAUUCCUAUUUUAAUCAGGAUGAUCGAUAACAUUGUGCAAAUUGAAUUGAAUAAACUUCCCUAGGCUCUUCCUACUUUUUUUUAUUCUUACCCUUUUUUCUUAUUGUUAUUUUCUCAAUUUCUGACAAUUAUCCUUCCUUUCUUCAUCACUCUCAAUUCCAUGUUACAGCUGUUUGCUUGAGUAAUUCAUUCAUCAACCUUAACAAUAUAAUUUACCCGAGUUAACCUUCACUUGCUUUAGUUUUGCUGUUCCAAUCUUUCCAUUUCCCAAUGUAAUGGCUUCUACUCAACCAUUUAUCGCAAAAUUUACUGAUUAACUCACUGAUUUCACUGGUUAUUGUCAACAUAUUUUUGCCUAAAAUUUCCAUAAUCAAUGUUCGAGAGAGAAAAUCGAGUGAGAAAAUUUCCAAAUUGUUAAACAAUCUUUUUCUUACUUUCAUUUAAAAUAAAUAUCUUAUUCUUUUGUGAUUCAAAUUCGACUUUUUAACUCUUGAACUAUUGUUAAAAAUAACUUACAAUCUAUUGAAAUUUUCAAGUGAUCAGUUUCAAGUUUUACGAAUCAAAGUUUCACAUUUCCAUCGAUUCUAACACCAGGAUAUUUACCUGGUUAAUGCAAAGAUGCAGUUGAUAUUAUUUGUGUUAAUCUUAACUUUAAAUUUUUUCUCAUCUUUAAGUGAAAAUCUCAACAAUGUGACUUCAACACCUUCAACAGUCGGGAUUCCAAAGGCUAGAUCAUUAACUGAUUUCAGUUCAGUUUUGUAUGAAAUGUUAACAUCUUCAGCUGAAUCAGCCGAGUCUAAUUCUGAACCCAACGGAGUUAAUAAAACUAAAGAUGGUGUUAUGGAAAUCUUGAAAGGACAAGAGCAGGCUCAGAAUCCAUAUAUUCAAGCUAGAGGCCAACCCAACCGAUAUACUGGCAACAAUGGUCCAACUAACAAUUUUGGUGCUCCACUCGGAGCUUACAAUCCUCAGAGUUUUUCAAGGCCUAGAAAUCCUGCUUAUGGUAAUCAGUUCCAGAAUAAUAACAAUUACAAUAAUAAUAAUAAUCAUAAUAAUCGUGGAUUCGGACAAUUAUCGGAUAUUUUAUCAGGAGUUAUGCCAGAUUCUCCGCAAAGAGGGUUUAACACAAGAACGCCACAACAAUUGCAACAACCUGUCCCGAAUUAUCCUAAUAAUUAUCCUAACCUUAACUUAAAUCAUGGAAAUGGAAAUAAUGUCAAUAUACCUAAUCAAGGAUUCGGAUUAGGUGACCAAGCCUCCAAUGAAAACAAUGAUCAAUCAGGUGAAACGGAUUUGCCUCAGUCAAAUUUAGGCGAACAAGGUGAUCAUGGUGGUCAUGGUGCUGAAGAACCGGUAAAUGAUGAAGGAUCCAAUGAAGAAAUUCAGCCAAACGAGGAAGAACCUAUCGAAGGUAAUAAUAAUGAUGAAGAAGUCAAUGAAGAUAAUAACGAGGAAGGUGGUGAAGCUGAUGAAAGAGUUGAUGAAGAUGGAGAACAACCUGAAUACGAUGAAGAUAAAAACGCAUCGACCAAUAAUAAUGAUGAGACAAAUGCUGAUACAGUUGCUGCCGCUGAUGAGUCAACUGAACAAGAAGGAGAACAGGAUCCAUCUAAUGAUCCUGAUUUAGCUCAAUUCCAAAACUUCCAAGGUGGUAACUUUCCCGGUGAUUUGUUUCCUCCAGGUAUUUUAAGUCAAGGGGAUCUUCAGGAUAUCCAAAAGUCCAUUGAGGAGCAACAAAAGAAUGAAGCAGAGAAACAAAGAGCUGAAGAAGAAGCUGCAGCUCAGUCUGAAAAUGGUGAUGGAAAUGAAGGAGCUGAAGAAAAUGCUGAAAAUGAAGAAACAAAUGACGAAGAGGAAGCAGAGAAACCUGUAGAAUCGCCUCCAAUCAACAACCAAUUAGCUCCUGGAUAUGGUGGAAGGGUUAACCAUCAACCAAAUUUAUUAGGAAUUAACAGAGGUCUAACUGGUCGAUCUAGAAAUCCUGGAUUAAUUCAGCCUUAUGAGUUGCCCAAUGCUCCUUUUGCUAACCGCGGUGGAUUAGUUAAUAACAAUAGAUAUGGAUCAGACAAUCGAGGAGACUUUGGCACAGGAAUUCAAGACUAUGAAUAUGAGCGACCUAAAAUCAAUAGAGGAAGUGAUGUUUCUGAUCGAGCUCCUCUUGGAUUCAGAGGCAAUCUUCCAUUUAAUAGAAAUCGUUUCCAACCAUCUCGUGAAUCUAAUGAAGACGAAGAAGAUUCGGAAAAUCAAAGACCUUUAACUUUGCGAGAUAGAUUUGCAAAUAGAUUUGGACGAUUCAGGCCUCGAUUAUUUGGCAACUCUCGUAGAUAUAAUGAAGAUCUAGGUGAAUAUGGUGGUCACAGAGCCAAUUCCAAUCAAGUUGCGGACAUCAAACCAGCUCAUAAGCAAGAUAGUUUGGUUGAUAAAGGAAAAGCAUAUCUUAAUCAAUUAUUUAAAAGAAAAGAUAGUCAAAGUGCAGUCGAUUACGAUGACGAAGAUUGAUAUUUAAGUGCUUUAUAUUUAAAUUAUUGAUAUUGGCAAUUUUGUCUCGGAUAAAAAUAGCAGUUAAUCAGCUUAAGGUAGUUACUGAAUCAAAUAUAACAGUUUUUAUAAAACAAGUUUAUUACUGUUCUAUUUGAUUGAUUACCAAAUUGAUUGUAUAUUGGUUAUCGACUGUCUAUAAGCCACUAAGCUCAUUAAACGUUAUUCAUUAGUCCUUUAUUAGGUUCUCAAGCUUAAAAUUUGAAUUAAUUUAUAAAUAUUCAAUAACUGUUUAAAAAAUAUGGAUUUAAAUUAUGAUUGGAUUAAUCAAAGUCAAAA